UCUGACCCUGGCCAUAAUGUAUCCCAAUUCUCUCAUCUACUGCACCUGCUGGGACCCCUGGAACUUGGGACCACGGAAGCUAAUCAAGACCCCUCAUCCACUUCCAAAGACCCUCACAGGAAAGCCUAGACAAACUCAUCUUACACCAGUUUCAAGGGAACGCAACUACCUUCAGUCCCAACCAACCAAACCUGUUGUUUCCCCAAAGUAAGUACAUAUAGCUCGUGAGGCAAUGAAUACAAUAACCCAGGAGGUGAUUGACGUGUCACCUGGCUAUAAACUCAUUCGAAAUCGGGAACAGAUUUCUGUCACCUUGGGAGAUGAGAUGUUCAGUAGGAAGAAGCACUUGGAAUCGGACAUCUUGAACAAAGUCAAGUUUUCCAGGACAGACAUCAUCUCCGACCUUGAGGAGCAGAUCUCCGAGUUGAUGGCAAUAAUAGAGCAAAUGAACAGAGACCACCAGUCUGCCCAGAAACUGCUCUCCAAUGAGAUGGAUCUCCGCUGCGCCGAGAUGAAACAGAAGUUCGAAAACGAGAACAGGGAUCUCCAAAAGGCUCACAAACUGGAGCUCGAGAAGUUAGAGAACAGCUACAAAGAUGCCCUGAAGGCGGAAAAAGCUUCUGCCCAGGAAAAGCUAGAGGACAUGGGCAAAGAGUAUAAGUACCUGAAGAAUAUGUUCCACAGGUAUCAGGACAGCAUUUAUGAUGAGAUGGAAGACAAGUGGACAAAGCGGAAGGCAGAAUGGGAGAAGGAUGAGAAGCUGGAGAGGGAGAAGAUCCUGCUGCAACAGAAACACAGGAUAACAAAAAAGUUUGAGCUAGAGUCGGAAGAAGAAAAGAGGAAAAUGAAUGAAUCCUUCAGUGCCGUCUUCGAGAACUUCACCCGAGAGAAAGAGGAGCUCAUUAAACAGCAUGAUGAAGAUCUGUUGCAAAUGCAGGAGCUGAGAAAAUCCAAGGAGAUCUUGGAGGCCGAGUUGCAGGCACAAGCGAUCGUCUUGGAGACACUGAACACGAGCCUCUACCACUGCCAGCUGGAACUCCAGAGAGAGAAAACCGUAGUGGGAAACCUGGAGAAACUGUUUCAGACAAAGCUUGCUGAAGCUGAAGAGAAGUACAAGUACACCAUCCAGAUCCUGACGGAGGAAAACAUCUGCCUCAGGCAAAAGAUGGUGACCAAGAGUGAAAUGUCCGACAUGUCGGCGUCUGCUACUCCUUGUUCGCUUGAGUCUGACUUGCCCAAACGUAGAUAACGAACCGCGCUCCC